AUGUCAUCAACAAAUGACGACCAAGCAUCAGCCUCAGGCUCAACCUCUUCCGCACCAGCCGCACCUCGAGUCUUCCUACCCCCCUCCGCCUCUUCCUCUCCAUCCACUUCUUCCCGCCUCCUCCCCCAACCCCUUGCUUCCGCCGAAGACGAUCUAAAACCUUGCGCAGAAGAACUGAGACAGGCCUUUCGCUCUACCCUGCUCGGUCGUCACGGUCCAGAUGCACCACUGCUAACCCGAGCUCUGCGCGAGAAGGAAGAUGCACGUUUGGGACUGCACGCUAGCCGCAAUCGCACCUUCCCCCAUGUCCGAAUCAGAAUCCGGUUCUCAGACCAAACCAUGCUCGAAGGAGACUUUACCGAAACAGACACGAUCGAUAAAAUCUACACGCUCUUAGAACACGCUUUGGACGAAAAGGUCAGGCAAGUGGGAAGAGUCAUCUAUACAACUCCGCCAAAAAUAGAGUAUCCAAAACAGGAUACCAAGCUGAAAGGCAAAACAUUGAGAGAAUUAGGAUUCAUUCCAAGUGCACUGCUGAACGUCAAGUGGCAUCAGCCAGAGAUGAAUGCCAACACUUUUCCCGCACCAUUAAGGCAGCAGUUGAGGAUGAACGCCGAGCUUCUCCCACCACCACCGAGUUUCGAUCAACAACCACCAGCGCCAGUGCCAGCAUCAGGGCAAGCAAAACAAACCGAACCGCGCAAAGAUGGAGGAAAGAAAGAGUCAAAACCAAUGCCUAAAUGGCUCAAGGGAAUUGCUAGUAAGUCUUCCCAUCAAACCCCCCGGCACUAUUGCCUGUCGUCAUGGCUGUCACUCUGUUACUGA